AUGCACCGCGCAGGUGGGGGCGUGGCGAAGGGCGGGCAGGGGCGGUGGCCGCGCGCUGAUUGGCUGCGGGGCGGGUCUGUAAAGGCGGAGGGCGCGCGGAGCGAGCGCCAUUUUGGCCUCGUGGUCGGGAGUGAGGAGGACUCGCCUGCGGCCGCUGCACUUCGCUGGGAAAGAGCCAGCCUGUGCCGGGAAGGCAGCCAGAGCUUAAGGGGGAGCUCUGACCUGGUGGUCCCUGAGCAGCCUCCCAGCACAGAGAAGCCCUUCAGGUGCUUGGAAUGUGGGAAGAGCUUCAAGAACAACUCCCACCUGAUCCGACACCAGCACAUCCACACUGGGGCACGUCCCUACGCAUGUGGGGAAUGUGGGAAGAGCUUCAACCAGAGCUUCCACCUGAUCAAACACCAGCAGGUCCACACUGGGGAACGGCCCUACGUGUGUAAUGAUUGUGGGAAGAGCUUCAAGAACAGCUCCAACCUGAUCCGACACCAGGCCAUCCACACUGGGGAACGGCCCUACACGUGUGGGCAAUGUGGAAAGAGCUUCAGGGACAGCUCCAGCCUCCGCACCCAUCAGCUCAUCCACACUAGGGAACAGCCCUACAAGUGCUUGAAAUGUGGGAAGAGGUUUAAGACCAGCUCACAUCUCUACAGGCAUGAGCGGACACACACGGAUGAGAGGCCCUUCCGCUGCACUGACUGCGGGAAGGGCUUCAAGCACAACUACCACCUCAGCACCCACCGGCGCAUCCACACCGGGGAAAGGCCCUACAAGUGUGGGGAGUGUGGGAAGAGCUUCCCCCACAGCUCUACCUUGACCAAACACAGACGUACCCACCAGUAA